GGGGAGGGGGGCACGAGGCCAGAUAGACCCGCGGGACUUUGGCUCGCUCUCUACAAAAGGGCAUUCUGUGAGUCAGCCUGCUCCCCUCCAGGCUCGCUCCUCCCCCACCGGCUCCUGUUUCCAAUGCACGUACAGCCCGUACACACCGUGUCCCGGGACACCCUGCAGUCAGCCGCAUGGCUCCCCUGUGCUCGGGCCCCUGGCUCCCUCUGCUGACCCCAGCCCCUGCCCGGGGCCCCACUGCGCAUCUGCUGCUGCUGCUGCUGCUGCUCCUGGUGCCCGCCCAUCCCCAGAGCCUGCCCCAGGUGCAGGGGGAAUCGGCUACAGGAGGAGGUUCAUCAGGGGAAGGUGAUCCAGUAGGCGAGGAAGAUCUGCCCAGUGAGGAGGAUCCACCUGGGGAGGAGGAUUCCCCUGAGGUUGAGACUAAGCCAGGAGAAGAGGACUCCCUGAAGUUAGAGGACCUACUGACCACGGGAAGCUCCGGUGCCCACUCACGGCCCCCCCCGAACAACGCCCACAAGGGCAAGAAAGGGGACGACCACAGCCACUGGCGCUAUGGAGGAGACCCGCCCUGGCCCCAGGUGUCGCCCGCCUGCGCCGGCCGUUUUCAGUCCCCGGUAAAUAUCCGCCCGGAGCUCACCGCUUUCUGCCCGGCCCUGCGCCCCCUGGAACUCCUGGGCUUCGAGCUCCCGCGGCUCCCAGAGCUGCGCCUGCGCAACAAUGGCCACACCGUGCAGCUGACCCUGCCCCCCGGGCUGCAGAUGGCCCUGGGUCCCGGGCGGGAGUACCGGGCGCUGCAGCUGCACCUGCACUGGGGGUCUGCGGACCGCCCGGGCUCUGAGCACACCGUCAACGGCCACCGUUUCCCUGUCGAGAUCCACGUGGUCCAUCUCAGCACUGCUUUCGCCGAGAUCGGCCAGGCCUUGGGGCGCCCGGGGGGCCUGGCAGUACUGGCUGCCUUCCUGCAGGAGGGCCCGGAAGAAAACAGCGCCUAUGAGCAGUUGCUGUCACAUUUGGAAGAAAUCCCCGAGGAAGGCUCAGAAACUUGGGUCCCAGGCCUGGAUGUGUCUGCACUGCUGCCCUCCGACCUGAGCCGCUACUUCCGCUAUGAGGGGUCUCUGACCACCCCCCCUGUUCCCAGGGGGGUCAUCUGGACCGUGUUUAACCAGACAGUGAGGCUGAGUGCGAAGCAGCUCCACACCCUCUCAGACUCCCUGUGGGGACCCGGUGACUCUCGGCUGCAGCUGAACUUCCGGGCGGCGCAGCCUUUGAAUGGGCGAAUCAUCGAGGCCUCCUUUCCUGUUGGAGGAGACAGCAGCCCCAAGCCAGUACAUCUAAAUUCCUGCCUUGCCGCUGGGGACAUCCUGGCCUUGGUUUUCGGCUUCCUCUUUGCUGCCACGGGCAUUGCCUUCCUGGUGCAGAUGAAGAGGCAGCACAGUGACAGGUUUGAGACCAAAGCGGGGGUUAGCUACCACCCAGCAGAGAUGGCAGAGACUGGCGCCUAGAGGCCCGGAUCUGGACAAUGCAGAGCAGACGGCUACAGGAAACUGGGUCCUGCUGUGCCCGUUAACC